AUGUUUUUUGAGUCAACUUUCAACAAUUAAUAAUUUUUUGAUGAUUCAGCUUUCUUUGGUAUGAACACUGAAAGUGGGCUAUUUGAGAAGAGAGAGUAUCAGCAAUACGACGACAGCAAAAGUAUGGCUAAAAUUGGAUAAAAAAUCCACUUGCAUAAGAGUCUUAAUAAGAACACCCUGAUGGUUGUUUUCGAGUAUUUAAAUUGUGAAGAAAUUAAUAGAACUGUACUUUGCAAUAAAUCACUGAGACUUAAGGUCAUCAAUGACGCUUACUUCUCUAAAGUUAUGAUAGAUGCCUACUAAAAUUUUUUCUUUCAACAAUUCUUAGACUCCUCCUCCCAAUUCGGAAAUUAAUUUUAGGAUUUAAGAAAGAGGGAUACAGCUGCAACAAAUUCUGAUUUCUAUGAGGGUGAUUUGGGUUGCUUUAACAAAUAGUUCAUGUUUGAUUAAGCUGGUGCGAUUGUAGAGAAGGACCAACCUUUCUAACUUUACAAUUGUUCUUAAUAAUCCAAUUCUUAAUCUAAUUUUCUAACUGAAAAUAUAGGAGACUUAUUUGAAUUUGAGAACAAAUAAAUGAUGGGAGAGUUACAAUCAGCCUAUUAAAUUCUUAUCAAUAAUAAGAAGCAAUUUGUUGAUAAGCAUUCUAAUUCUCUUAUGGAGAAUUUCAUGGUUGACGCGACAUAGUUUGCUAGAGAGCUAUAUUUGGAUCCAAGUUAAUGCGCUGAUAACCAAUAUUUGCUUCCAAGACUUUCUAGAUCAUCAUUCAAAUUAGAUAAAGCUUUUUCUAAGACCGACAAAAUCUUAGUUGAGAAACAUAAAUAGACUAUAUUUUACAAUAAAACCAAGAGCGAAGUAGAACUAAAACUCGUUGAACUUAAUAAAUAAAUUUAAGCCAUAAGUUCAUCUUACACUGUUUAAAGCCUCUUGAAUUUUCAGACUAUUAAUGAUAGUGACUGUGAAGCAAUAGUGAAAUAUAUCUUGACCUAAGUGAAAUAAAUGGCGCUUGCUCAUAAUAUUGAAAUGAGAAGAGUCAUAAAUGAAGCCAUCAGAAAUAAUGAUAAAGUCGAACUUCUUGAUAAGGCUAUCACACUCAACGACCAUGUUAAAUCGAUCUCGAAGAAGGUCUUGAAUAACCAAAUUGUUACAGAGUGCUUAUUGGAAUACUUGGUUAAAAAGGGAAUUCUAAUAGAGUCUGCCCUAUACAACCAACACAUUUCUGACGGAGUUCUUGGUCAAAUAAUAAAUUAAGUAUGGAGAUAAGAGUUCUUGUCUAUUCAUAUUGGUACCAUCUCUAAAUUCUUCUUAGAGAUUAUGUUCGAUACUCAUUCUAACGGCUACAUUCACAAUAUUUACUAUAUCAAGGAUACUCUUUCUAAGAUGUAUAGAGUUGUCAAGAGAUAUACUAAGGAGAACAAUGAGAUGCCCCAAAAUUCUGCCAAGAUAGAAAAGAUCGAUAAAAUAAUUAGAUAAUCAAUCAUAAGUAUGCUCGAUCAAAUUCUGUAAUCAACAAGUGGGAUAGAGGAAUUCGCUAAAGAGACAAAGGUCUACGAAGAUGCUGAUAUCCUUCCUGAGCAGCUUAAAAGAGACUACUUUAAUAUUAAAAUAAAAUUCAUUAUCAAGAGCUUUGCAAAGACUCUCUUGAGCAUAAUUAAAAACAACAACAGAAAUGGCAAUAGUACUUGUAAUCAGUUAAAUAUCUUCUAGAUCAUCCCUCAGGAGCUCUAGAACACAAUGUUCUUCAAAACUAUUUAAGCUAUUUAGAGAUAAGGAGGAGAGUUAAUUGAAAGUUAGAAUUUCAGAUAUCAACUCAUGAUGAAAUUCAACAUUGAGUAAGAUGUCAGAUUUGCGAAGAAGUUCAAUUCUUAACUGACGAAGUGCUUCACAAACUUGCAGAAAAGCCAGCCUGGUGGUAAGUGCUCUGAAUAAACUAACGAAGAAUAAGAAGAGCUACAAAUCUUAGACAGAGAUGCUAGCUAAUUAGAGCAACAGAUUAUAUUAGCCUGUGAAGGAUUGAUUAUGGGCCACGACUUCGAUAAAGAAAUUAGAAAUAAAUAAGAAAUGGACUAGUAAAAAAGAAUAAAUUAGAUUAUAGAAAGAGCUAAUCAAACUAAGAUUGAACUAGACAGGAGAAGAAAGAUUUAAGGGUGUCUAUACCCUGGAAUAACAACAGAUAUGUUGGAUAAUAUUGAAGGAAUGUUUCCAAUGGCUAAUAUGACUGAGCUAGCCUUUUGA